UCUCUCUCUCCUCCUCAAUUUGCCACGAUUAUGAAUUUCAAGAUCUCCUUCUAACCAGAAUCAUGAACAACUACGACUUCGAUUUGGGACUCGGUUCGAACCGUCCUCGAUCUCUCAACGAUCAAAAGAAUCAAAAACCUUCAUCUCAACAAUCUAGGCCCAAUAAUACGACGUCGUCUUCUUGGCAACCCAAACCCUCCUGGACCCACCAACCCGCUCCGACCCAACCGGUUCGGUCCGGGUUUCCCGGCGGUGCCACGUCGAUGGCCGGAGAUAUAUUCGGGAAGAGCUGGGGAUCUCCGGCACCACCCACCACCACCACAAAAUCUGGUAUUGGAAUUGUCAAUAAAAACCCUAAUUUGUUUGGUGAUCUUGUUAGCUCUGCUCUAGGGCAGAAUAAGGGUAACAGUAAUGUUCCUUUGAAGAAUGCAAUUCCGGUAUCGAAUGCGUAUUCGAUGGGGAAUUUGGCGGAUUUGCUGCCGAAAACGGGGAAUUCUGUGAAGGGUAGUGGUAAUUUGGGGUCUUCUGAGAGUUUUGGGACUUAUACUAGUGGAUACAAUAGUAGUAGUAGCAAUAGUAAUGUGAAGAGUGUGAAGAUUGGAGGUGGGUUGGGAUCAAGUAAAGACCCAUUUGUCUCUUUGGUUGAUUUUGGAUCGAAGCCACUAGGUAGUAUGAAUUUAUCCGGCAAAGGAAACAAGAAGUCCCCUUCUGGUGACGAUGCAUUUGGAGAUUUUCAAAAUGCUUCGAAGUCAGCCAAACCCGGUUUCACACCAAAUCCUGUUCCUACAAAUAGCAGCAGCUCAAUGGGAUCGAAUUCUGGUUCUUAUUUGAAAGUGGAUGAUUUCCCAAUCCCCACUCCUCAGAAUCAGCCUCCUGUUCAGUCCUCUGGUGUUGAUGUGUUUGAUUCACUGUUUAGCUCAUCAUCAGCCUCGGUUGGAGGCGGCCCUAAAGGGUCUGAGGGACUUGGGAGUCAGCAAUUUGCAGGUGCUGAUGAUUGGGGGAUGGAUUCAGAGUUUGGAGGAGGGAAUGAAAUGGGUGGGACGACUGAGCUUGAAGGGCUUCCUCCACCACCUGCUGGUGUUUCAGCCUCGGCUGCAAAAAAUAAGGGGAUGGAUCAUUACAAACAGGGUCAGUAUCCUGAUGCCAUAAAGUGGCUUUCUUGGGCUGUGAUUCUUCAUGAGAAGGCUGGCAAUGAUGCUGCUACCAUGGAGGUCUUAUCAAGCAGGGCUUCAUGUUACAAAGAAGUUGGGGAGUAUAAAAAGGCUGUGGCAGAUUGUACAAAGGUGCUAGAACAUGAUGGCAAAAAUGUAGUUGUACUUGUACAACGUGCACUCUUGUAUGAGAGUAUGGAAAAGUACAAACUUGGGGCAGAAGACCUGAAGACUGUCAUGAAACUUGAUCCCGGUAACAGGGUUGCAAGAAGUACCAUUCAUCGUUUGACUAAAAUGGCUGACUAGAGAAGUUUCUGAAUUCUUUUUCUUUUUUAUCACUUUUUUCCUUCAGAAAGCUGUGUUUCAGUAAAAACAACCCAAAAUAAUUGUAACUUUUAUGGAAAUGAAAGUCGGUCCGUGUCCGGUGCCAAUUAAAAUUUUGACAUGGGACACAACUCCCACUUGCACCUCCAUGAAAGUACAAUUAUUUUAAAUUGUUCCCUCUGAAAUGCAAUUUCCUUUUUUUCUUUAUUCACGUUAGCCUUUUCAUUUGCCCAUAUGUUUGAUAGUUCUAUUCCCCUGCUUCAUAUCAAAUUGUGGGGGAAUAAUAACAUUAUGCUUGGAAAACUUUUUUUUUUUUUUUCUCUGUGAUUUUACAUGCAUAUUUUGUUGUAUUUCAUAUCCUCUGCUGAUUGUGAUUGGAAAUUAUUAUUCUUUACUAA